UUCUUUAUCAUUUGCUUUGCCUACUAUAAUCACCUUCUAUUCUCUGCUUCAUUCUUCUUUGCUUAAAUGGCAGCCCAACCAUCUUCAUGUGGUCUCCUCAAACUGGAGGAACAACUCACCUGUCCUAUAUGUCUCGAACACUAUACCAACCCAAAGACUUUACCUUGUCUACAUUCAUUUUGUCAGCACUGUCUGGAGGAAUUACCUUUGGAUAAGACCAACUAUCUUACUUGUCCUACUUGUCGUCAUCGUACCAAGUUACCAGAGGAUGGAGCAGCAGCCUUUCCUGUAGCAUUCACUUUAAACAACCUCCAAGAAAUGAGAAACCUAAUAAAGUAUGCAGCAAAUUUACCUAAACCUCAGGAGGCUUUGUGCAUUGAUCAUGGAAAACCAUUAGAGUUCUUUUGUGAAACUUGUGAUACAAUAAUCUGUUCCCACUGCUCAGUCCGUAAUCAUAAGUAUCACGAAUGUGACUUAAUCACUGACAGUUAUACUAAAAACUGUCAAAAAUUAAGAGAAUGUUUAUCGUCUGUCAAGGAAAAGAAAGAAUUGCUCAGAAAGUCACUGUUGACUCUAGCAGAGAGCCAAUGUGAAAUUAAAGAGAGAGGAGAAGGAAUCUUGGAAGAUAUACAUGAAAUGGUGGAAGAAAUGGUAAGCGUUCUUCGUCAGUCAGAAAGGAAACUGAUUGAGCAGGCAAAGAGGGUCACUAAUACUAAAUUAGAAGUUCUAGCAGGCCAGGCUAAAUCAGCAGAAAUGAGCUUGAGUCUUCUGAAACAAGUUGAGAAUUACGUGGAACGGAGUCUAAAGACAAAAAGUCCACAACAAGUCCUGAAUGCUAAAAAGCAGCUGAUGGAAAGCAUGAGUGACAUCACUAAACGGGUCAAUGUGGAGGAUUUACACCCAAAGGAAAAAGCAAAUUUUGUUUUGAGUAAAAAUAUCAAAUCAUUGCAUCACAUUGGAGAUAUUGUGACAUACUCAUCUACUGCACUACAGCAAUGUAAAGUGAAGAAGGUUGGUCACUUUGAACGCUUUCCAAAACAAAAGAAAGUUUCAUUUUCACUAUCAAUAGAGGCGCCUGAUUCAUCACUUUUAUCUGUUCCCCUCUUUUCUGUCAGGUGUAGCCUAGUACCAGUUGGUAAAGGUGAUCAACCCAUUCAAACUGCAAUCACUACCACCACCACUGAUCCUGGAGUAUAUAGGAUACAGUGUAAUCCUUCAAGCAGUACUCAUACUGUCAAAGUACAAAUAUGUAACAUACAACUUGAAGAUACUUCACUAGUCAUCCCUAUCAAUCCUUAUCUUGAUAACAUCACUCCAGUAUGUGCUUUAACUGGGUUAAACUUGCCAGUAGGAGUUGCUGUAGCUGAUGAUAACCAUGUUAUAAUAACUGAGUUUAGUGGUAACAGUAUAACAAUACUGAAUGGAGAAGGAAAGAAAGUGAAGUCAUUAGGAGGUGACAAAAAAUGUGGCAAAUUUUCUUCUCCUCGUGGUGUAGCGAUUACUUCAGACAAACUCAUUCUCGUGUCUGAUAAUCACAAAAUUCAAAAGAUUAGCAUUGAUGGAAACCUAAUAGCAUCAGUUGGUGAGAAGGGCAGUGGACCACUACAAUUUAAUACCCCCGCUGGGAUUGCCAUUUCUCCAAUAACAGGACAGGUUUAUAUUGCUGAUCAUUUUAAUCAUCGUAUACAAGUCUUGAAUUCCGACUUAACCUUCUCUCAUUUUCAAGGAUUAGUGUAUGUUGCUGAUCUCGAUAACAACCGCAUUCAAAAGUUUUCUCCAGAUGGAAAUUUUCUGGCUCAGUUUGGCAUUAAAAAAUUUGGUCCUGGACGGCUUAGUAUUCCAUAUGGUAUAGCAAUUGACACUGCAGCUACUGGUCUAGUGUAUGUUAGUGAGCAUGGCAAUAAUCGUAUCUCAGUCUUUACUAGUGAUGGUGUGUUUGUUAACAGCUUUGGAAGGAAAGGCAGUAAUAUUGACCAGUUUGCUUGUCCUACUGGAUUAGCCUUUGAUAAAGAUGGAUUCUUAUAUGUUUGUGAUUGUAGUAAUCAACGACUAAUUAUUUACUAA